AUGACCCUGGAUAUGGAUGUCGUCUUGUCGGAUUUUGUUCGCUCAACGGGGGCGGAGCCAGGACUGGCCAGAGACCUACUUGAAGGUAAAAACUGGGAUGUGAAUGCAGCACUAAGUGACUUUGAACAGCUGAGGCAAGUGCAUGCUGGGAACCUGCCGCAUUCCUUCAACGAAGGGCGCAACUUUAAAUCCUUGGAAAAAGAAGCUGCUCGACCGGUGCGGCCACCGCUCCAGCGGCAAGAUGACAUUAUUCAAGAGAAACGUCUCUCUCGGGGCAUUUCCCAUGCUAGCUCCACCAUUGUCUCUUUGGCCCGCUCCCACGUCUCCAGCAAUGGUAGCAGUGAACAUCUGCUGGAGAUGCCCAUUUGCACUUUCCAGUUACCCGAUCUCACCGUGUACACAGAGGAAUUUCGCAGCUUCAUUGAGCGAGAUCUCAUCGAGCAGUCGAUGCUGGUAGCAUUGGAACAAGCUGGUCGCCUGAACUGGUGGGCUAACGUUGAUCCCAGCUGCCAAAGGCUACUUCCUUUGGCGACCACAGGCGACGGGAACUGCCUGCUUCAUGCUGCCUCCCUGGGUAUGUGGGGUUUCCACGAUCGAGAUCUCAUGCUUCGCAAAUCGCUUUAUACCUUAAUGGAUAAAGGUGUGGAAAGGGAAGCUCUCAAGCGGCGGUGGCGAUGGCAGCAAACACAGCAGAACAAAGAGUCUGGCCUUGUUUACACAGAAGAGGAGUGGCAAAAGGAAUGGAAUGAACUCAUCAAACUUGCAUCCAGUGAGCCCCGCAUGCAUUAUGGUACAAACGGAGGCAACUGUGGAGGUGUUGACAGCUCUGAAGAGCCAGUGUACGAGAGCCUGGAGGAAUUCCAUGUCUUUGUUCUUGCCCAUGUGCUGAAGAGGCCUAUUGUAGUAGUGGCAGACACUAUGCUGCGAGACUCUGGGGGAGAAGCAUUUGCUCCUAUACCGUUUGGAGGCAUCUAUCUGCCCCUGGAGGUUCCAGCCAACAAAUGUCAUCGCUCUCCUUUGGUAUUGGCAUAUGAUCAAGCCCAUUUUUCUGCACUAGUAUCCAUGGAGCAGAAGGAACCCACAAAAGAUCAAGCGGUGAUCCCUCUGACUGACUCUGAACACAAACUGCUUCCUGUGCACUUCGCUGUGGAUCCUGGGAAAGAAUGGGAGUGGGACAGAGAUGACACUGAUAAUGUCAAACUAGCAAGUGUGACAUUAUCGUUGGAAGCAAAGCUACAUUUGCUGCACAGUUACAUGAAUGUUAAAUGGAUCACCUUGCCCUGUGAAAUGCAGGCCCCUCUAGCCCAGCCUGAAUCCCCUACUGCUUCUGCCGGAGAUGAUGCCCGCUCAGCGGCGGAAUCCGGGGAGUCGGACAAGGAAUCUGUCUGCAGUAGUACCACCAGCAACGGUGGCAGUAAGAGCAGCAAGGACAAGGAGAAAGAGAAGCCGAAGAGAGACCGAGAGAAGGACAAAGACAAGGAGAAAGAGAAGAAACGGGCCGACUCGGUUGCUAAUAAGCUGGGCAGCUUUGGCAAGACUUUGGGAAGUAAGCUAAAAAAGAACAUGGGCGGCUUGAUGCACAGUAAAACCGUCAAAGGAGGCGUGAGCAACGGGCAGGGGGAAACCUUGGAGAAGAAGAAGAAAGGAUCCUUAAAGUCAAGGAAAGGCAGCAAAGAAGAAACUUCCCAAGGGGAUUUGUCGGUCUCUGCUGAGAAAACCUGCCCAGGCCAAGUGACCGCAGAGAAGCAGUCGGAUCCCUAUAAAUACAGCAAUGACGUGAAACUUAGCCUGAGCAUCCUGCGAGCCGCCAUGCAGGGCGAGCGGAAGUUUAUCUUCGCUGGCCACCUCAAGACCAGCAACCGGCACCAGUACCAGGAAGAGAUGAUCGAGAGGUACCUUUCCGAUGCCGAGGAGCGCUUCUUGGCCGAGCAGAAGCAAAAGGAGGUGGAGAAGAAGGCCUUUGCAAACGGCGCCGCUGCCAAGAAGCUGGAGCCGGAGGUUAAUCUUCACAAAAGCGAGGAUGUGCUACUGAAUCCAUCCUACCCCCAGUUGCCUCCUAGUUACAGCAUCCAGACCUCGGAGCAGGCCAUAGGAGCUAAAAUGACAGCUUUUCCUUCCAGCUACUCAGGGGUCUUUACCAUUCCCCGGCCCGCUGUGGUCAACUGUGUAGAAGGCGCACAUCCCCCCAGCUAUCAAGAUACCCGGAGGCAGGUAGCAGGUGGGUCCUGCAGCAGCCUUCCUCCCUACGCUACCUUACCCAGACAUUGCACUCAGGGGCGGCCUCACCCAUACCAAACCAGCCCUUCCCACCUGGGAAGGUUCUCCCCAACCGAGAUGGAUGUACCCCCAAAUUACCCCGUCGAGUGUGACGGCCCUCCUUGCGCGCCCCCCCACAGCAACGGCUCCAGGGAACCCCUAGAGCAGGACAGCUUGCCGAAGGGAGCAAACGGGGACAAAAGCAAAAGCCGAAUACUUUAUAACGUUCAGCAGACCAAAUGCAAGCAGCCGAACUGCAGUUUUUACGGGCAUCCGGAAACUGGGAAUUUCUGCUCCUGCUGUUACAAAGAGGAACUGAAACGCAAAGAAAGGGAACGAGAAGCACUAAUACACAGGUUCUGAAGAGUAUGGCUCGCGCUGACAUUUGGACCCAUGAAUUCUCCUCAUACUGUUUCAAUAUGAAUGGAUAGU